GUCGCAUUUGGGCCCUACAAGUGGUACAGCAGCCGAUUCGCGCCCGCAUGUGUGGCUUCGGUGACAAGGAUCGACGACCCAUCACGCCUCCUCCAUGCAUCCGUCUAAUUGUCCGGGACGCUCAAACUGAAAAGGAAAUCGAUAUCAAUGAGAUUGAUACCUCCUUUUAUGUACUCAUGGUCGAUCUGUGGAAUGCCGAGGGGACGAGCGAGGUCAACUUGGUGAAGCACUCGGCCACCUCUCCGUCGAUAUCUACCGCCAUGUCCUCGUCAUACCCGCCCCCGUUGCAGAACGUCUCACCCUCGUACCCUCCGUACGCGCAAAAUGCCUAUGGUCAGCCUGUCGGUUACCCGCACAUGAAUAACUACUACGCCGGAAACCCGCAACUUCAAUACCAGAACCCCUAUGGAGCGAAUCCGCAAGCCCAACCUUACUACCCCUACUACGCCGGGGGUCACAUGCCACCCGCCAACAUCUCCCCAGCGCAGCCGGUUACCGCCGCUCCAGGUGCUGGCAUGUUCACGCGAAAUCUCAUCGGCAGUUUGAGCGCCAGUGCAUUCCGACUGACGGAUCCGGAGAACAAGAUCGGUGUCUGGUUCAUUCUGCAGGACCUGAGUGUACGGACAGAGGGUUCCUUCCGCCUGAAAAUGAGCUUCAUCAACGUGGGCACCCAGUCCGGGGAAUCUCCCAAUGGCGUGUCAGUGAUCAACCACGGGGCAGCGCCCGUUCUGGCAUCCGUAUUUUCCGACCCCUUCCAUGUAUACUCCGCCAAGAAGUUCCCCGGUGUCAUCGAAAGCACGUCCCUCAGCAAAUGCUUCGCGCUCCAAGGCAUCAAGAUCCCGAUCCGAAAGGACGGCGUCAAGGGAUCGCGCGGGCGGCACAGUGACAACGAUGACGGUGGAGACGAUUAUGACUAGAAAGCCGAUGAUGCGCUUGUCUGGUCUGUGAGAUUCGCCUUUUCCUUGAUUUACUUCUUUUUGCUGUUUGCCUAAUACCUCCUCUGGCGCAAAGUUUUAUGGGUUCUGGUAAUAUGACCUGGGUUCCUGGGAAUGCGGUGUUUCUCUAAAGGGACUGGUUCCGGGGUUGGGAAAGGGGUUUGUUUUCAUCAAACGGAUUGGGUGUAUUGGUAUCGGUAUCGGGACCGGUGUCGUGGGCUUUUCUAUUUGUGCCAUUAGUUUUCUACUUGGUUUUAUCCUUUGCUCUAUAUCUCUUCCAGUCCUUACUUGUGCUACUCGGUGGUCUCUUUUUCUCUUUGCCUUAUUAAUUUUACCCUCAAUGCUUCCGAGUCUGUGUUGCUGCCCCUCUGUGCGAAUACUGCUAUGCUUUCCUUACCUGCGUGUCCCCCCGUGUAUAACUUGG